CAAUACCUAAAAACAAGAAAAGUCAAGAGAGAAAGACUGUUAGCCAAAAAGGUUCAAGUGUGAAAGAAUCUAGCGUGAUUUUAGCCGAGAGAAGUCCUAAAGCCCGGGAAAAUGAAAGAAAUAAAAGUAGAG